UGGAAGCUGGGGGGGGGAGAGAGGAGGCUUCUGCAACUUUGCGCUGCGCCGCGACUGUUUUCGUUGUUGUUGUUUGCGAAUUCCGCCUCUCUAUGAAUUCUCUCUCUGGACAUCUAUCUCCGUGACUGGCAGUUAUUAUCUUUAAGCAGCUGUCAAACAUGUUCAGCAUUCGGAAAGAGCUGGGCUGCCUUGGUUCACGGCAGUGUCAGUGAACCCCCUUUGCAAAUGCCUCUCUCCAACACCCCCCCCACCUGCCACAUCUUCCUAAAUUUUUUUUUUGCUUGAAGAUGUAGCGAAACCAACCGAGGAAUUACUGAUGGACUUUUUUUUAAUAUAUAUAAGAAAAAGAUAGGGGGAAGUCUUGGAUUUCUUUCUAUUGCAUGGGAGUGAGGAGGGAAAGCAACAUUUGCUGCAUCUGCUCAUAUGUCAGCUUUGAUUAUGCACUGCAUGUAGAACAACACAUGAUCUGGGAGGAGGACGGAGAUGUAAUAACUUGUUAGUGUGGGGUGGUUGUUGUUUUUUUUUAAGCGGGGGAGUGCUUCAGCGACCCAUGGGUCCAAAGUCUUCAUUGAAGUGGCAUCCUUUUGUCGGUUUGAAUUGAAGGCAUCGCUUGGUUGGGAACUGAUUCAAAGCCAAGUGUUUUCUCUCUCUCUCUCUUCCUCCUCUUACAUCGCUAGGAAGAGGAAAGGAAGCAGCUAUGAAGAGGAAACUGAUGUUCUACAUGAUGCAGUUGGUUCUCGUUUUGUUGGCGUGCUUCUCUGCAAGAUCAGCAUCGGUUGACCCCAAUGAAGAUGAAGCAAAAAAUAACAUCACCAUCUUUACAAGAAUUCUAGAUAGGCUUCUGGAUGGUUAUGAUAAUCGUCUGAGACCUGGAUUAGGAGACAGUACAACUGAAGUCUUCACAAACAUAUAUGUGACCAGCUUUGGACCAGUUUCAGAUACAGACAUGGUGAGUUCCCCAAAGCGAAAUAAAUUUUGGCAUGAAAUUAUUUUGUUAAAAAUAUUUUUCCCCAGCCAUUUUACAGAAAUUUCACAAGGAACCACUGAUAACGUGUCUUCUUAUUUCCCCCCUGUAGAUGCAUAUACAUCUUCAGAAGUGACCUACAAGUGGACCUUCAAUGCAUCUAAUUCAGUAGAAGUGGCUCCGGACGGUUCGAGGUUGAAUCAGUAUGAUCUCAUAGGGCAAACAAUUGGAGAAGAAACAGCUAAAUCAAGUACAGGUGAAUACAAAGUAAUGACAGCUCAUUUUCAUUUGAAGAGGAAGAUCGGUUAUUUUGUGAUUCAGACCUACCUCCCCUGCAUCAUGACAGUCAUCCUGUCCCAGGUGUCAUUCUGGCUGAACAGAGAAUCUGUCCCGGCAAGGACGGUCUUUGGAGUCACAACUGUGCUAACAAUGACAACUUUAAGCAUCAGUGCUCGAAAUUCACUGCCCAAAGUAGCCUAUGCCACAGCUAUGGACUGGUUUAUUGCUGUUUGUUAUGCAUUUGUAUUCUCUGCCUUGAUAGAAUUUGCCACUGUAAAUUACUUCACAAAAAGAGGAUGGGCGUGGGAUGGGAAAAGCGUAGUCAACGAUAAGAAAAAAGAAAAGGCAUCGGUUAUUAAGAAAAACAACGCCUAUGCAGUGGCAGUUGCCAAUUAUGCACCAAAUAUCACGAAGGACUCUGUUCUCCCCACAAUCUCCAAGAGCGCUACCACAACAGAACCCAACAAAGCCAAGCCGGAAGCCAAGCCACAGGAAGCAAAGAAAACCUUCAACAGUGUUAGUAAAAUCGACAGGAUGUCGAGAAUAGUUUUUCCAGUCUUAUUUGGUACUUUCAACCUAGUGUACUGGGCAACAUAUCUAAACAGGGAACCUGUCUUACAUGGGUUUUAGGAGCAAACCUUAACUUUAUGCUGAGGGCGUAUAACAUCAUUAUAAUCAGAUUGUUUUCCUAUGUACAGUACGACUAAUAACUGCUAACCCGUGAACCGAGAUGUACAGAAUGUAUAUAGGUAUCAUGUCCAUUUAUCUCCAAAGGAGGUGCACAGAGUUUAUUCAUGGGAUCUGUAAACAGAUGGCACCCAUGGCAAAUAUAGCCCGCUCUCCUAUCCGUGUGAGUUCUCCUAAACUGGUAUUCAAAUAAUGCUGAAUUAUAUCCAUACAACCGCAUAUGGUCCUACAUAACUAUUUAGUAACACUAUUUUUUUAAUUUAAAGUUUAAGAUAUUUUUCUAUAAAAUGACUGAUUCUACUUUAAUGCAAAGAAACUAUCAUUUAAAAGAGAAGGGUUUUUUUAUAAGAAGUAACCUUAAUUUCUUACGGUAGCAGUGCCCAUGUAAAUAUUACAGGUGUGUGGUGAGCUCAAGUAUUCUCUUAUUCGCAACCAUUAUGAAUGCAAGAUAUAUGUAAAGGCUAUUGGAAUGUCAGGGUUAAGCACCUCUUUACUUUUGAGUCAAGCGCUGAAGUUGCUGAUUAACAGUUAGAUCUGUGGUAGGGUCAGCACUCUGCCCCUGAAGCAAAAGGAUUGGGUGCUUGGGCAGGUCUCACAAGAAAAGAAAAGUUUCCAGCCUAGCCCCAAAGCUGGAUUCAUAUCAAUCAUUGUAGCAAAAGUGUUUUUUUCUUUCUUUCUGUCCAGUGCUAAAGUGUUUUAUAAAAGCAGUUGUGCAAUGUGGGGGGAGGGAUAUCGGGGGCAAGGGAAUGGAUGCUGAGCCAACCUCUCCGUGCCACACUGUGGUAGAAGUUGACAACAUACUUUUUAAAGAAUAAAAAAGUGAUGAUACACCAAAGUAAACAACACAAACUUGCUUGCUCCUAGUGAAAAACAUUGGCCAAUAUUCAUUCAGUCCUUAAUAGUUCUUCUAGCUGUUAACAGCUCCCUGAUUUGGGCCCAGGAGGGGUGGGUCAUAUGGCUCUUUUUCAAUAUGAAAAAAAAGAAUCAUAUGAAAAAAGCAUGUUUAGGGGCAGUGUUCAUUAAUAACAAUGACUUCAUACAUUAUUUUCUUGGCUAAUCACAGAUGUUUUCUAUGGUGAGCUUUACAGGCACUUCCUUACAUAGCAUUGCAUGGGCUGUUUUGGCUCUGAUAUAUUCAGGUAGAUAUAGAAAGAAAGGGAUGCUUGUCUGGCAAGUGGUACAGAACAAUCAAAGUAGGGUAUUUCUUUUUUGCUGCAGUUGCGCAGAGAAGCAGAACUUACUCCCAAAUAAACAUUCAGGGUCAGGGGUGUAAAUAGUGCACAGUAAGGUGAGAUCAGGUAUUAGAGUUGUUGUUUUGUAAUUCGUUGAUAUGCAGAAGGAGAGCUAUUCUCCUAAAUAAAUGGUAAACUCUGGAUCUUUCGGAUGAGCAGUCCUAGGGCUGGUUCACAUGUUACUACACUUGGUUGCUGUGCAGUUGACUACUUGCAGCUGAAUGUACAAAUGGAAUCCAUUGAUUCAAAGCUUGCCCACCUACAUGCAGAAGCUGUCUUCUGCUCAUGGAGGGGCUGUUUGGCACCAUACUCCGAAGCGUCGUAUGAGAAAAGCUGCUAUAAAACCUACCUGUUGAUGGCACUAGGAAAAUAACUGUGCAAACAUUUGCAGGUUAACACAAGUGAGAGCUUAUCUACAUUUACCUUUCCUCCACUGCUGUUUGUUGCACUCAGCUUUAAAGAGCGGAUUUAUGCUCUGGGGUGGGGAGAAAAGAGCUCUCAGACAUGAAACUUUAAAGCAUGGAACUGUCCCUGGAAAGGGAAGGGGCAAAAGUUGUGUGGAUAAGCCCUGGCUGUUUUAAUUCUGCUUAUGGGUCUUUGGAUUCAAUCCGUUUGUUUGAGGCAAUAGUGAGAAAUGUUAUAGCUGUGUUUUAUAUCGGCAGUGACCGUGCAUUCACAAAGGCAAGUCAUUCAUCCAGAUGUGCUCCCACAAAAAAUUCCAGGGACCCAGUACAGAUGUGAACACGUUUUUGCAAAUGGUUCAAUUUGCUCUUUGAAAUCUCACAAAGAGCACCAUUCCAGAUUCUUAGCUGUAGGUUUACAAGGUUACCUAGUAACAUAUUGCACAUAGUAGCCAUUCACGAGACAAUUUUAAGUAUUAAUCCCGUCUUGUGAAUUGAAACUUUUAUAAAUUAAAGAGAAGAAGAAAAAGCCAAAUGUCCAGAAAAAAAGCUUUCAGAUACUCUUCAGGGUUUAAGCAUAUUGGUAAUAUAAAACUUCUGUGUACAACUUUUCUGAAGUACAGUUUCCAUGAAAUCUGCCUUAAAAGGUUAACUUCGUGUAUCCAUAGCAGCCACUGGAAACCGUUCUUUGGGAUUUCGUUUUCAUGAGGGGGUCCUCAUGAUUAAAGAUUAUUGCUGCUUUUGUAAAUUGCAAGCUUACACUUUGCUGGCAUAAAUUUACAAUGACUUUAUAUAUUAGAAAUAAUUUUGCUAAGAGGAGGUCUUUUUUUUUAAGAAAAGAAAAUCCAGUGCAUCAUCAAUACUUAAAUGCAAACGGAAACAAAACUGGAGCCUCUGUUUGCAAAUUUUGUAUAAUAUUUAAUAUUGAUCCAUUAACUAUUUCUCAUGAAACCUUUGCAAAUAUUCCUUAUACCCCCCCCAAAAAAGGCCCUGUAAAUCAUACUACCAUAAAUAAUUGUGUACUGUAUUUAGAUUUUAAUAAUACAUUUGGCCAGUCAAAGGUAUUUUGAUUCACGUACAUAUUAGCAGUUAUUAGUUGACCUUAAAAAAAGAUCCACCUUUCUGAUGGUGUCUUUAUAGUAGAAGCAUAUGUAGUCGUAUAGUGUCAUUUAUUGCAGUUUUGUACAGUACUUGAGUAUAGUGCAUAACUAGAUAUUGCAAAGUUUAACAACACUGUUUAAAUAUUUCUAAAACAAUUUUAAAUUACCUUAAGAGGUGGAAAAACACAUGCACAAAAUCAAACGAUAUUUCCAUUUGCUGUUUUAUUUUCUGUAUUGUUUCAUUUUCCUUUAACGUGGUUAUGGUCUUUACUCUGCAUGAGAAAUAUUGAUGGCAAGGUCACAAAUGCAUUUUAUUGGUUAGAACAUUGAGGUAAAAUAGAUCUUCUGAGAUUAAUAGUUCCAUCCUUUACAUGUAAACUCAGAAGUAACCCCACUGAGUUCAGCAGGACUUACUCCAAAGGUGACCAUGUGUAGGGUUGCAGCCAAAAUCAGGUAAGAUACUUAACACAAUGAGAAUAGGUUGAAAGGAUAGAACAUUACCUUCCCCAUAAUGUAUACAUUUGAUCCCCUCUAAUCAAUUCAUCCUCUUCAGUAACAGUAGUUGGGGAAAAUGAGCACUUUAUUUGAAACAUUAAAAUAGAAAAAAAAUAUCCUUAUUUUCAUACCUAUUUAUAUAUAACGUAGAUCUGUGUAGUACAGAAAUGUGUGAUAAAGUUGUGCAAGGUUUGAAGGCAAGCAAUAAAAAAAAGUUAUUCAUGGUACAGUUAUACAUAUCUUUAAAAAAUGUUUUAUCUGUAAAAUAUAAAUAUACCCUUUGAUGCUACAUUUUCCAGGUACAAAUAAAUAUAUAAAUAUGUACAUAUGUAAAGCACUUGUAAAUACUAGUAAUAUAGACAAUUUUAUUCAAUUUUAUCUUUGAUUUUGGCAAAGGGCUCUGACAGCAUGACUUUAAAGCAAGGCCCAUCUCAUCAGUUCUUGUCCUGUUUAAACAUUACAUUCUUGGGAGAAUUCUCAAUCUGUAUUAAUAUCAGGUAUAUACAAGCCCACUGCUGCUUGUCGGGGGAAGAAAAUAACUACCAUAUUUUGUUGGCUGUGACAACUCUCUUUUUGGCUACCCAAUUCAGAUUUCAUUCCAAGGGUGGACCAGGUGGUUAGAGACACGAUGUACCCAAGUAAUAUGAUAACAGUCCAGUUCAUUUGUUGCUUUCUUCCCACUGCAAAGAGCACAGGAGAUCCAGAGUUUGUGGUCAGUGGGUUGUGAGAGCACCUAGGAAUGUAAUAAUUGGAGCUUUGUUGCUGGUGUGCGGUGUGCAAGCUCUUUUAUUGCCAAACGCUAUGUGCUUUCAAUCUCAUUAAUUACCAUGGCAGCUGAACAGCUCUCAGUACUGCAUAGGACUGGGCCUUGAAAUAAGGAGGCCAAUGACUAUAUUUUACAUCCUACAUGUUUCGUGUAAUCUAGGUGGACAGCUGAGAUGUUUUUCUCUUAAACAGUAUAAAAUCAGAACUUUGCCUUCUAGAAAUUGGCAGAGGGAUGAGUUUAGCAUUGGUUACUCAGUAAGGCACGCGUUCUUAAGGAACAGUAGACCCAUAAAGAAACCUACAGAAUCAAGGAGGUUCCUCCUGUUCUUCCUUUGGAUCAGUGUUAAUAUACGUGCAAAAUGCAAUUCCUAUUUAUGGAUAACGGUUGGUUUUGUAAAUUCAGUCUGCACAAAGGGACCUAUCUUCACCCUGUUGCAGUUGUCAGAACUGUUGGAAGCCAAAGCUAGGAAUGUUGACUUAAACAGAACUAUUUAAUACAGUCUGUCAUAUGUCUGAACACUUAGUAUACAAUCCUAUGCACACUUAGCUGGAACUGUAAGCCCAUUUGAACAUCAUGGAACUUAUUUCCAAGAAAACAUGCAUUAAAAAAUCGAACUAACCAUGAACCAUGAACAUCCAUAAUUAAACAGAACAUAAAUUCAAAUAUCACAUUUCAAAGCUUCCUAGAAUAAGGAAGUCUUUGUCAUGCACCUAAAGUUCAGCAAGGAGAGGGCCCUCUCUAAUUGUAAAUUGGGAGGGAGUUGGGCCCACAACAAUGAAUGCACAGCUUCUAGUAGUUACAAGCUGUGUGUCUGAACCAUGAGGGACUACCAAUAGAGACUCUCCCCAAGAUCCCUUGUGAUUGGGCAGGGAUAUAAAGGAUCAUCUGGUCCUUAAGAUAUCCUGGACUCAAGUUGUUAAGGACCUUGUAAAUUCGAGCCUGGAACCUGGUCUGGUAACACACGGGCAGCCAGUGCAGUAGUAUGUCCCCAUCAGUGGAAGUAGUUUACAUCUACACUAAUAACAAUAAUAAACACCAUAGAAUAUUAGUAGAUUCACUGCAAAGGCACAAACCAUAGCUUUGCUUAUACCCAGGGGUCAGCAAACUUUUUCAGCAGGGGGCCGGUCCACUGUCUCUCAGUCCUUGUGGGGGACCAGACUAUGAGGGGGG